AUGGCUGAGAACCAAGCUAGACGCAACUCCUAUGGAAACAUUGAUUUCACAGAAGAGGUCUCCAAGCAAUGCUUGAAACAAGUUGAAUUUUACUUCUCUGAGUCUAACUUCCCAUAUGACAAGUUUUUGCGCACUACAGCUGAGAAGAACGAUGGAUGGGUUCCAAUUACUACCAUCGCUACCUUCAACCGUAUGAAGAAGUUCAGACCAGUUGAUAAGGUUGUUGAGGUGUUACGUACAAGUGAAAUACUAGAAGUUUCAGAGAAUGGUGAAAAUGUAAAGAGACGUGUGCCAUUGGUAUGGAACAGAAACGACGAGAAAUUCAAAGAGGCCAAGUUAGAACAGAACAAGAGGACACUUGUUGUUAUGAACUUCCCUCAUGACGAAGAGGCUGGUCAAGCUCAGGAGAAGAAAGAAGGUGAAGAAGAGAAGGAGGAUAAGGAUCUACAAGUUGAGAUCGAAGAAUUCUUCAGAAAACUGGCUCAAGUCAACCAAGUUAGAUUGAGAAGAGAUCACAAGAAGAACUUUCGUGGUACCGUUUUCGUGGAAUUCAAGAACUACGAUGAAUGUAAGAAAUUUGAAGAUGAAUACUCUGCUGGUAGCAAAGAUGACAAAGAAGGUGGAGAGAUUUUGUCCUUCAAGGGUAAGAGACUGAAUAUUCUGACUAAGAAACAAUACGACAUGCAAAGAGAGGCCACUAGAUCCAAAAACUUCAGUGGCUCUGGUCAGAGAUCUAGAUCCUUCACUGGACACAGAAAAAACAUGCCAAAGCCAUCAAAGAAGAAAGAUCAAGAUUCUGAAAACUCUUCUGCCAUCGCUGAAGAGUGA